AUGUCUACAUUAUCGAAUAAUCAACAAGAUAAACCAUCCGGAGUAAAUCUAUCCAAUGUAGAAUGGAAAAAACGAUUAACUAAUAAACAAUAUCGUAUAUUACGACAAAAAGAUACAGAAUAUCCUGGUACAGGUGAAUAUAAUAAACAUUUUGAUACAGGAAUUUAUAAAUGUGCUGGUUGUGGACAAGAAUUAUAUGAUUCUUCAUCGAAAUUUGAUUCACAUUGUGGUUGGCCAGCAUUUAGUUCAUCGAUUGGUACAUCAGUUCGACGUCAAAUAGAUACAGAUGGUUAUCGUGAAGAAAUUUUAUGUGCAAAUUGUGAUGGUCAUUUAGGUCAUGUCUUUAGAGGAGAAGGAUUACGUGAUGUUAAUGGUAAAUUAAUUCAAGAACGUCAUUGUGUAAAUUCUGCUUCACUCAAAUUUGAAAAGAAAAAAUAA